AUGAGGUGGCCGGCCACCCCAUUUUUGGGUCAUGGGAACGCCGCGUGGUUGCCGGAGGGGAGAUGCGUCGGAGGGGUCGUGGGAACGCCGUAUUAUGUGGCGCCGGAGGUGCUGAUGGGGAGGGAGUACAAUGAGAAGGUGGAUGUGUGGAGUGCCGGUGUGAUUUUGUACAUAAUGUUGGCCGGGGUUCCGCCGUUUUACGGCGAGUCUGCGGCGGAGAUUUUCGAGGCGGUGUUGAGGGGGAACUUGAGGUUCCCGACGCGGAUCUUCCGCACGGUUUCGCCGGCGGCCAAGGACUUGUUGAGGAAGAUGAUUUGCAGAGAUGUUUCAAGAAGGUUUUCAGCGGACCAGGGCUCAAAUGAAGAAUUUAGGUCUAGUUAG